AUGAUAAACAAUGAUAAAAUAAUUAAUAGCAUAUCCGACGAUCUAAAUAAUGAUUAUUCUAAUGACGUUAAUUAUGAUUUAAAAAUUAACCAAAAAUAUUGUGGAUCAAAUACUUGUAAAUUCUUAUUCUCAUAUCGACUUCCAGAACAAGAAACUCGUGCAAAUUUUCAUUUUCAAACAAUGACUGAACUCGCAGAAAAACUUAAUCGUACAAUGGUUUUAACAAAUGUUGGACGAUCUAGGAUAAGUUCUUGUAAUCAAUUUCCUUAUAAUUUUUACUAUAACUUAGAUAUAUUACAGGAAAAAUUUCCAAAUGUGAAAUUCAUAUCUCAAGCAAACUUUCAACAAUGGGCUCAUGAGCGUCACAAAAAACCGGAUGUGUUCCAUGCAUACAUUAAUACUGACAAAACAAACGAGCCAAAUACUUUUGGAUUUGUAGAACCUUUUGUAGAAAUAUUAUUAAAUAAACAUUGUUUCAAUCAAUUUCAAUUAAACAUGGAUGAUAACAUGAGUUUCAAACAUGUCAAUAUUGGACCAACGGGGUUAUGGAAAACUAAACAUAAAAAUUCUAUUAUGUCAAAAUAUUUGAUUUCACAAUUAAAUAUGAGUACAGAUGUGUUAUUGAUAAAUCAUGAUCUUCGAUCUAAUUUAUUUCUAGAUGGAAAAGAAAUUUCACCAGUGCCAUACGCAAAUCAUCUUAUUAAAGCUGCUAAUAAAGUGGCAGACGAGCUUGAUUCUUAUAUAGGAAUUCAUUGGCGUAUGGAAACAGGUGUAACAAAGCCGUUGACUCAAUGCGCAAAUAAGCUUGUGGAAUGGGUUAAUAGAAUGAAGAAGACUGCCAAUAUAUCUAAUGUUUAUUUUGCUACGGAUUAUCCAAUAAAUGGUAUGGGAAAAGCUCAAUCUUCCACGUUCCAUGUAGUAAAGAAAACACACCACGAUGCUGUGAAAAUUUUGAAUUCCUCAAUGCACUUGAAUACUUGGAUGUCUACAAAUUCCUUAGAAUAUCUUGAAGAAAUCCCAGAAUUAAGUGAAAUACUCAAACAAGAGUUUGAAGGACCAGGUGUACAAGGAAUUAUGGAUAAAUUGAUCUUAAUUUUAUCAAAUUAUUUUGUUAUUGGAUCGGAAGGUUGUUGUAGGGUUCAUAGCUCUUUUACUGGUAGAGUUAUUCGAUCAAGAAUGGCAAUGAUGAAAGCUGGGAAUCCGAGGAUAAAAAAUAUUGUGUCGCAUUGGUAA